AUGAUGUGGCGCGCGGUCGCAGCGCUGCUCUGCGCCAGCAUCGUCUAUGGCCUGAUCCAAGUCCGCCGAAAGCGCGCAGAGCUCGCCGGUUGUCCACAGCCACCCGUCAUGCACUGGCUGUUGGGAAGCAUCCCCAUCGUGGCCAAAGCGAUGCCGUUGUUUCCUGAGGACACCCAUUUUCAUGUCAUUGUGAACUAUAUCCAGCAGAAAUACAACAUGCCGUCCGUCUGGUACCUGGACCUGUGGCCGGUAGGCGAUCGUUUUGUCCUUACCAACGAUCCGGUGAUUGCAUCGCAGUAUGCGACAACAGGCCAAAGCCUCCCCAAAGCCUCGGCCGCGACCAACUAUCUCAACGUCUUCCUGGGAAAAGACAGCCUGCUCACCUCUGAGGGCCAGCAUUGGAAGUCUCUUCGGGCUAUGUACAAUCCAGGCUUCAGCGCCACUCAUCUGAUGACCCUCGUCCCUUACAUGGUUGACAGCACCCUCAUCUACGUCGACAUCCUACGCGCAAAGGCACGCGCGAACGAGCUCUUCCAACUAGAGGAGAUUUCUACCCGUCUGACCAUCGACAUCAUCGGCAAAGUCGUCCUCGACACGGAUCUCAACUCCCAGCAGCAAGACCAUCCAUUGGUGACCGCCUUCCGCGAGCGCGCCAGCUUCAUGCACAACAGCGCCCGCACCUUCAGCAUCCUCAACAACCUGGAAUUCCGCCGCCUGUGGCGCCUACAUCAAAACACCAAAACCCUCGACCACCUCGUAGGCGUCGAAGUCGACCGCGCGCUCGCCAAGCGCAAACAGUCGAACCAGACUGCCAGCCAAAAAUCCUUCAAAGACCGACGCCGCUCCGCCGUCGACCUUGCCCUCGACGGCUACGCGCAGGAAAAACUCACGAACCGCGCCUCGGGCACCUCGAUCAAGCCAUCCGCAGGCGAGGCAGACGCGACCUUCCGCACCGAAGCCAUCACCGCCGUGAAAACCUUCCUCUUCGCCGGCCACGACACCACCAGCAGCACCAUCGCCUACGGCCUCUACCUCCUGCACCACCACCCCACCGUGCGCAGCAAACUCAUCACCGAGCUCCACGCCGUCUACGGCGCCGACCUCUCCCCCGCCACCCUCGCGCCCCUCAUUAAAUCCGACCCCUACACCAUCAACUCCCUCCCCUACCUAACCGCCAUCCUCAAAGAAACCCUCCGCCUCUUCCCCCCAGCCUCCACGCUGCGCCAAACCUCCAACCCAGAACACACGAUCCCCAACCCCUCCCCCAAGGGGUCACCCUGGCAGCAGCGCGCGCAAUUGCCACUCGCCAACACCGCCUUCUGGCCCAUCGCGCUCCUCAUCCACCGCAACGAAGAAUACUUCCCCCGCCCCACCUCCUUCAUCCCCGAGCGCUUCCUACCAGAACAAUCCCCCUUCCCCUUCCCCCAAUCCAAACUCUUCACGCCGGAAGGCAAAGACGCGUUCCGCGCCUUCGAGAAGGGUCCCCGGACCUGCAUCGGCGAGCAGCUGGCGCUCAUUGAGACGAAGGUCAUACUGGCGAUCGUCGUGGGUGCGGAACUGGGGUUCAGAGCGGAGGUUUGGGGGAGGGAGGCCAGAGGCACGGGAGGGGAGAGUACGUUGGUCGGGGCGGAAGAGAUGGAGGGGAGAUUGAGGAGGAAAGAGGUGGGGGCGAGGGAGGGGAGGGGGAGGGUGGUGGAGGGGUUUGAGAUCUAUCAGAUCUUGAGGGGGGCGGGGAAGCCGGCUUAUGGGAUGCCGGGGAGGAUGUAUUUUAUGGAGGAGGUGGAGAACAGGGGGUGA